AUACAUUCUCACACCCCCCCCCAUUGUCCGAAAACAAAGAAUCAAACCCUAAAACAUUACAAUCCACUUAUCUGAAAACAGAGAGCAUUACAUACACGUAUAUAUAUACACACACCAACCAUCAUGUCCUCGGGAGGGUUUUGCGUCAAAGCUCGGAGUUUACGUAACCAGAACGUUAACGGCGGUAACAGCGGAGGAGGAACGGGGACUAAGUGUGGACGGUGGAAUCCAACGGCGGAGCAAGUGAAGGUGUUGACGGAUUUGUUCCGCGCGGGGCUACGAACUCCGAGCACCGAUCAAAUCCAGAAGAUCUCAACGCAGCUGAGUUUCUACGGAAAGAUCGAGAGUAAGAACGUUUUCUACUGGUUUCAGAAUCACAAGGCAAGAGAGAGACAAAAACGUCGAAAGAUCUCUCUUGAUUUCGAUCAUCAUCAUGUUCAUCAGGAUAAAGAUCUCAGUAGUCUUCAAGACAACAAUACCCACCAACCCCCUAAAGAUGCUUUUGAGAUAAACCAAGUUGCAUCUUAUGAUCAUCAAGAGAAGGCAAUAGAGACACUGCAACUCUUCCCGUUGAAUUCGUUGGAAGAAUCGAAAUCGGAGAAAACGAGAAGAGUUCCGAAGAAUCAUCAUCACACGUCAUAUUUCCGAGAGACCAGCACGAACACGUCGACGGUGUUUUCGCCGUAUUCGUGUGGAGCCGAGAUGGAGCAACCACCAUUGGAUCUCCGGUUAAGUUUCCUCUGAAAGGAUUGAUGACAUACGGGAACUCGGGCAUGAUCGGGUUUUGAAUUUUAACGUGCCGACCAAAUAGAUCAGCAUAGUAGGAGAUCGAAUCACAUGUAUUUAGGACAUGGGGGCAAUAUGUAGCAUCAUCAGUGAUGGUUAUGGUACGUAGUUAUGGUAGUACU